AUUUUCUCAAUCAAGUUUCUUUCUGGAGAGAGAAGGUGAUGAUGAGAAAUUCGUUUUCUCUGCGUCUUUUGAGCUUUUAGGGUUUUGUGUGUUGUUUGAAUUGAAACCUCAGAAGAAGCAUCGAAUCGAAAAGGGGGGAGAUUUCGCUGAUUUCCGCUUCUUCUUCUUCUUCUUCUUCUUCUUCUUCUUCUUCUUCUUCUUCUUCUUCUUCUUCUUCUUCUUCUUCUUCUUCUUCUAUACCUACCCCCUUAGAUUUCUAGCCCGACCCUUGAAAUUAUCCCUCUCCGAUUUUGAUCUUAAAAAGCUUCUCCUCUGGUUCUCCUAUCGUUGUUUAUGGACUUGUUCCGUGCUCAAUCGGAUCUCUCUUUGGGGUUCAGUAGCUCCCAUGCAUCGCCUUUGCCUCCUAGAGUUCCAAUCGCCGAUGAUUCCAUCUCCCUUCAGAUCGACUCCAGCUUCCGAUCAUCUCCGAUGAACCCAAUCCCUCCCGUGCCCCUGCAGUUGCUCGAGCAGAGGUUCGACGGGACCCGAUCGCGUAAUCGAGCCGCCGUCGAUGAGGAAGAUGAUGAUGAUGAUGAUGAUCAGAGGGAAGACGAGCAGUUCAGCAUAUUGGGUCAUCCGAUGAGGAUAAAGCGGUGUAGAGAUGGGCCCUUCUUGUUAUCAGAAAACCCUAGCAAGAGGUUUGCGGCCGAGCCGGGUCUCGAAGCCAGACGAGCCGUCGUCAGGGCAUGGGGAAACCAGUCGAUUGAGGAAGCUGAUCCCGAAAUCCACGAUAUCAUGGAGAAGGAGAAGCAGAGGCAAGUCAGAGGGAUCGAACUGAUAGCUUCCGAGAAUUUCGUCUGCCGGGCUGUGAUGGAAGCUUUGGGUAGUCAUCUGACCAACAAGUAUUCUGAGGGAAUGCCCGGAUCGAGAUAUUACACGGGUAAUCAGUAUAUCGAUCAAAUCGAGAUUCUCUGCCAUGAACGCGCUCUUUCUGCUUUUGGCCUUCAUCAUGAUAGAUGGGGCGUUAAUGUACAACCAUAUUCAUGUACCUCUGCUAAUUUCGCUGUUUACACCGGUCUUUUGAUGCCGGGUGACCGUAUUAUGGGAUUGGAUACUCCCUCUGGUGGCCAUAUGAGUCAUGGGUAUUACACUCCGGGUGGGAAGAAGAUCUCCGCAUCUUCGAUAUUCUUCGAGACAUUUCCCUAUAAGGUUGAUCCUCGUUCUGGGUAUAUUGACUAUGAUAAGAUCGAGGAGAAGGCCCUUGAUUACCGUCCCAAGAUACUUAUUUGUGGGGGUAGCUCAUAUCCUAGAGAUUGGGAUUUCUCGAGGUUUAGGCAGAUUGCAGACAAAUGUGGAGCUGUUUUGAUGUGUGACAUGGCUCAUAUUAGUGGUCUCGUGGCCACCAAGGAAUGUUCAAAUCCAUUCGAUUACUGUGACGUUGUUACCUCAACAACGCACAAAUCUCUUCGUGGGCCUCGGGGUGGAAUCAUAUUUUACAGGAGAGGGUUGAAGCCCAGGAAGCACAGCAUGAAUCUCAAUCACUGUGAUAGCAGCAGCAGCAGCCAUUACGAUUUCGAAGAGAGAAUAAACUUUGCAGUCUUUCCAUCUUUGCAAGGGGGCCCUCACAAUAACCAUAUAGCAGCUCUGGCCAUUGCACUGAAGCAGGUGGCUUCACCACAGUACAAAGCAUACAUGCAACAGGUCAAGAGAAAUGCUCAGGUUUUGGCAUCUGCUUUGUUAAGAAAGAAUUGCAAGUUGGUCACUGGAGGUACUGAUAAUCAUAUGGUUCUCUGGGAUCUCACUCCUUUGGGCCUAACAGGGAAGGUGUACGAGAAAGUCUGUGAGAUGUGCAAUAUCACGCUUAACAAAACCGCAGUUUUCAACGAAAACGGUGUUAUUUCCCCGGGAGGAGUAAGGAUCGGCACUCCGGCCAUGACAUCGAGGGGUUGUGUAGAAUCGGAUUUCGAGACGAUAGCGGAGUUUCUAUGCAAGGCGGCACAGAUAGCAAGUGCUGCACAAAGGGAGCAUGGGAAGUUGCAGAAGGAAAUGCUCAAGAGCCUCUCACACAGCAAAGAAAUUGCAGAGCUUAGGAGCCAAGUCGAGGCCUUUGCUUCACACUAUGAAAUGCCUGCCUUUGCCAUUUGAUGAGUGCCCCUUUGCAGAAAUUCUUUUUACCCAAUGGUAAAUUGUUCUCUCUCUCUCCAUUUCUUUUUUUCCCCUUCUAUUUUCUUGUGUAAGUUCCUUUAGUCUGUAUGUUGUUAUCUAUUGACGUGUGAAUUUGAUCAUUAGAUCAACUGCUGAGGCUACACUCUGGAAAUUUAAAAAAUAAAACAAAAGAAUUCUUUUAAAA